CAGACUUCCGCGUGCGAGGCGGUUGGAAUGUCCUAGUACCGCGUUCUGUCCAGGGGAAGCCAACUCCUCUCUGCCCGCCCGCAACCCGCGAUGCCAGCCCCGCAGUGCGCCUCCUGCCACGCGGCGCGCGCCGCCCUCCGCCGCCCGCGCUCCGGCCAAGCGCUGUGCGGCGCCUGCUUCUGCACCGCCUUCGAGGCCGAGGUGCUGCACACGGUGCUGGCGGGCCGCCUGCUGCCGCCCGGCGCCGUGGUGGCCGUGGGCGCCUCGGGCGGCAAGGACUCCACGGUGCUGGCGCACGUGCUGCGCGAACUGGCGCCGCGCCUGGGCGUCUCGCUGCGCCUGGUGGCCGUGGACGAGGGCAUCGGCGGCUACCGGGACGCGGCGCUGGCGGCCGUGCGGCGCCAGGCGGCGCGCUGGGACCUCCCGCUCACCGUGGUGGCCUACGCCGACCUGUUCGGGGGCUGGACCAUGGACGCCGUGGCCCGCAGCACGGCCGGCUCCGGCCGCAGCCGCGCCUGCUGCACCUUCUGCGGGGUGCUGCGGCGCCGCGCCACCCUGGCCCCUAUCUCCAUCCAGAAGGGCUCCACCUCAGAAGCCACAAACCCCACAUCCUACUCCCUGACCACAGACUCCCAUGCUUCCAGAGCUGUGGGUGUCUCCGCCAUGCCUGUUCUUCCACCUCAAAGGCACCCCUGA